AUGACUGCCAUCAGUCGGACUCUGGGCGAGGCCGCCAUACUUGUUGCGAGGGCUACCGGGUCGCUGUCCGAAUCCCCCUCUCCCUCAACAACGUCGACGAGCGUGCAGAGCCCCCAAUCCUCGAGUCCAGCCGGCACGAACCAGAGCAACGACAACUCCAACAAUCAGAGCGGCGGCUCCAGCUCUCCCCUCCUCUUCUUCGUCGCUCUAGGCUUCGGCGUCGUCUUCACGAACCUCUGGAUCAUUGUGGGCGUCAAAUAUUGCUUCCGGUACAAUGCCCGCAACCGUGCCAGGAUGAAUAACGAAGAUGGAGAGCCCAUCACCCUUGAAACCGUGCAGCGCCCCCACCGACGCCGCCGCGAAAAGAAGCUCAUGUCCAUGGACGAAGUCAAUGACAAGUUCCCAAUGAUGAAGUACAAGACCUGGGUCUUGGAGCGUGCCAGAGAGGGUCUCCCGACUGCCGGUGGCGUUACCGUCUCGGCCAGCCAGGCCAAUAGCAUACGCGAAGCCGACGGCAUUGUCCCCGUCAUCUCAGCAAAGGAACCGCCCUCCGUUGAUGGCCCCCGACCAUCCGACGCAACCGCCAAUCCUGCGCAGCCAGAAACCGCUGAAGCCGAAGCAAACGGAGAUGCCGAAAAAACGAAACCCAAUUCGGAACAAGCUGCCAACGCCGGCCAGACGUCCGUCUCCCGGGAGGCAGCGGCACAGGGACUGCAGCGCGUGCCCAGCGACGAGGAUGUCGAUGACGAGCACAUUGACGCUGCUCUCCCUCCCGAAUGCCUCGGCACCCCCGGCGAUACCUGCGCCAUUUGCAUCGACAGCCUCGAAGACGACGAUGAUGCAGACUACUACACGCCUAAGCCGCGGCCCAACCCCGAAGGCGAGACCACUACCACCACCAAUAGCGCCACCGUCGACAGUCACCGCAACUCCCGCGUCAAUCUCCCUAGUCGCUUGCGAGCGGCCUGGCUUCGGACCAGCAACCCCGAGGCUACCCGCCACCCAGUACACUCGAAUCCCAGGCCGCGCCGGGCCAACCGGACUCGAAAUAUCGGCCGGGGCAGGCAGGGCAGCUUGGAGACACCUUCGCCCCGCCAUCACGCCGUGCCCACCACCGCUACGCAGUCAUCCGGCGGAGGUCUACUCUCCUCAGUUCGACAGGCGCUACGGUUCGGUCGAAGGAACAACGAGCAGCCCGCGGGCCACGGCACUUCGGACACGGUAGGAAGCGGACCAGUCACGCCGUCGCAACUCGAAGCCGGGAACCAGCCGUCUGCAGCUCCGGCCACGACACGGGCUACCGCUCAAUAG